AUGUCGACGAUGAACAGAAACCGAAGCAGCAUCUCCAUGGGAACACCUUCGUUUCUUGAGCUGAAGAAACAAGCUUCCUUUUUCUUCAAAGAGAAGCUUAAAACGGCGCGAUUAGCUCUCACCGAUGUCACUCCUCUUCAACUAAUGACUGAGGAAGCUACGGAUGGGGAAUCAUGGGGGCCAAACACACAAACCUUAGGAUCCAUUUCAAAGGCAGCUUUUGAGUUUGAAGAUUAUCUGCGGAUUGUUGGUGUCUUGCACAAAAGAUUGGCAAGAUUUGAUAAAAGAAACUGGAGAAUGGCUUAUAACUCACUCAUUGUUGUUGAGCAUUUGCUCACUCACGGACCAGAGAGUGUCUCUGAUGAGUUUCAAGGCGAUAUUGAUGUUAUCUCCCAAAUGCAAACUUUCCAACAGAUCGACGAGAAAGGGUUCAAUUGGGGAUUAGCUGUCAGAAAGAAAUCAGAGAAGGUUUUGAAGCUACUUGAGAAAGGAGAAUUGCUCAAGGAAGAGAGGAAGCGAGCUCGUGAGUUGUCUCGAGGGAUUCAAGGUUUCGGUAGCUUCAACCAGAAGUCUUCAGUUCAUUAUUUGUCUGAUAAUGAAGUCCUACAAGAACCUCAAGUCUAUAGGAAAUGCAAUUCCAACUUUACCAAGUACAAUGAAGAUGACCAAGAGAUCAUCAACCCAAUGGUUUCUCCAAAUGAACCUGGCGACUUCCCUCAACCGCCAGUAAUUGUCCCGAACGAGGAAUCUGGGACGAGUAUGAAAGAAAAUAUGGAUCCUGAAGAUGAUGAGAACACAGAGAUAAACCCACUUUUGGGUUGUAACAAAAAGAAAGAGGGUCAAGAUCUAGCGGAAGAAGAUGAGAACCAUCCAUUUACGGAUGGCGAGAGUAAGCAUACGGUCGUCUCAUUGCUUUGA